GAUACCCUGGUCAUGCCAUAGACAGAUGGCGAUGAAAAGAUUUGGUCGAGCAAAUUUGUGUCGGUGUAAAAUCGUGAGCUAUUGAAAAAUUCAAGAUAUUUGAUAAAUAUCUAAAAUAGAGUGAAAUUAUCAACGCUUAUUUCUUAAGAAAAUUCUUUCUGUGAAAUAAAUGAGUGAAUAUAAUCAAUAUUCUAUAUAGAAUCACUUCCGAGAUGGAGCGAUGUCGCUAAGUGAAAAAUUAGUGGGCAAAUAAAAAUAUAUAGCAGAAAUAAAUCAAUACAAAUUAUACAAAAUUUGAAAUUUAUUGCAAAUAAAGUACAGAUGUGUUAAAAAAGGGAGGAGUUAAAUUUUUUACAUAAAACCGGUAAAAGUGAAUUCGUUGAGUUUUUCACUCGGUGAAAAAAAUAUUUGGCAGAAUUAACGAGCGCCGCCCUCAAGUAGUGUACCAAGUACCGGCCGCCUGAUAUUUGAAGCGAUUACUUUCGUUUUACACUUCGAAUUUUUAGUGGAACAAUUGCUACAAAAAUAUACAUAAAUAAUUGGAAUAACGAUAAUCAUUUUGGCAUAUCGGCAUGUUGCAGUAGCAUUAAAAGUUGGAACUGUGCGAUUGCUUUUCCAUAAAAUCUGAAAAUUGUCUCCGCAAUGAAUGAACUCAAUUGGCAACAUGUCAGACUUACCGAGGGCAGCAUUGAAAUUAUUUUCACUUACACUCAGGAGCUGAAUUGCCGCCGCUGUGAAUAGCAUCAGAACCUAGUGAGAACUUGAAAGACGUCGCCUCCUCCGCGCUUAGAGGAGCACUGGAAUGUUGGAAUAUCCCCAACGAUUUGCACGCAAUAUCCCCGAUUCCUCAACGGCGAGUAACGUUCCGAUAACACAACAACAACAUCAGCAUCAAUUACAUCAUCCUAAUCAUAAUCAUCAACAACCACAUCAACACUUACAGCAACAACAACAACCGCACAUACUGAUCGGUAAUAUUAGUGGUGGUGGCUUAGUUGGUGCCCACUACCACCAGCAGUAUCCGCCGCAGCCUUAUCCAGCAACACCAGGGUCACCGGCACAUCAGCAUCGGCACAUUCCACAUACAGCAGCCAUAGCCGUGGCAACCGCCUAUCAACAACGUUCGCAAUCCCAACAGCAGCAACAACACCAGCGCACCCUGUCGACCGCAUCUAGUUGUAGUGCACAGCACAAGAGCGUGACCUUCGGUCAAGUAACAGCAGCGUCCAAUAUCGCCGGGUACACAGGCGAUUGCAGCGGAGGCAGCAGCAGCGGUAAUUCUAGUUGCGGGCAACAAUCAAUGGCGGGCAACAUGAAACACGGCAAAUCACAAGAAGACGUUUGCUACGUUGUAGCCAAAUACGAUUAUGCGGCGCAAGGAGCGCAAGAAUUAGAUUUGCGAAAAAAUGAACGAUACUUACUGCUAGACGACUCAAAACAUUGGUGGCGUGUGCAAAAUAAUCGUAAUCAGUCAGGUUAUGUGCCUAGCAAUUAUGUGAAGAAGGAGAAACCGUCGUUAUUCGAUAGCAUUAAGAAAAAAGUGAAAAAAGGCUCUGGCUCGAAAACUUUACCAAAUUGUUCACCCUCAAGACAAAUUGAAAGCCCAACAAUGUCACGACGUUUGCCACCAGAUCCUGCCGAAGCUAUUGGCACUGCAAUUGUUAAAUACAAUUACCAAGCCCAGCAGCCAGAUGAAUUGUCAUUGAGCAAAGGGACACGCAUACUCAUACUUGAAAAGUCUAACGAUGGCUGGUGGCGCGGUCAGAGUGGUAACGCCGUCGGCUGGUUUCCAAGUAAUUACACAACUGAGGAUUGUGAUAAUGAUGGUGAAAUACACACAUAUGCCAUGGCUGAGAAUGUACUCGACAUUGUGGUUGCGCUCUAUAGCUUCUCAUCAAAUAAUGACCAAGAACUCUCAUUCGAGAAGGGCGAUCGGCUCGAAAUAGUUGAUCGACCAGCUUCUGAUCCGGAUUGGUAUAAAGCAAGAAAUAAUCAAGGACAAGUCGGUUUAGUUCCACGCAACUAUCUACAAGAGUUAAAUGAUUAUCUGGCUACACCGUUCCGCAACAAUAGCGGAGGCAAUGGCAAUGGUGGUGGAGGCGGUAGCAGUGGUGGUGACUCAAUCGAUCGACGUAAUGAUGGCAUGUCUGCGCAAUCGUCACCCCCUAUGGCACCUAUGGAACGGCCAAAUUUAGCUGGGAAAUCGUGGUACUAUGGCGCUAUUACGCGUAGCCAAUGUGACACCGUGUUGAAUCAGCAUGGACAUGAUGGGGAUUUUCUUAUACGAGACAGUGAGACUAAUAUGGGCGAUUAUUCGGUUUCCCUCAAAGCGCCUGGACGUAAUAAACACUUCCGCGUACACGUUGAAAAUAAUAUGUACUGUAUUGGCCAACGUAAAUUCCAUACACUAGAUCAAUUAGUAGAUCAUUACCAAAGAGCACCGAUCUAUACGAAUAAGCAAGGUGAAAAGUUGUAUUUAGUGCGAUCGUUACCAAAAGCCAAUGGCACGUAAGCAACCCACAAUCGCGGCAGCAGCGUGGAAUAGUACUCGCUAUGCUUUCUCAUUUCAUACAGACACCUACAUUAUUCAUUGAUACUGAUUUCAAAACGGUUGCUGCUGUUGCUAAUCCUGCUGCUACUGCUGGCGGUAUGACAAAUUUAGAUAUUAUAUAAUUUUACUUAUUUACAUAUAUGUAAUUCAUAUUACGAUAUUACUAAUAAUGAUUAAUGUGUAAAUGGAAGGCUAUUGUAAGCGAUGAAAUGAGAUAAGAAAACGUAAAUCAAGCGUGGUAACAAUUAGAAACUCAACACAGAUUAAUAUCGUCAAAUUAUCACAAUUUAGUGCGAAAUACAUGCUAUUUUAAACGAUAAACAGCAAAGCGACUAACAUAGAAGCGACUACCAAAAACGAUAAAUUAAAUUUAUAUGUAUGGCAAAAACUCAUAAAUCACUUAAUGGAUAAAUACAAAGAAUCAUAUAUAAUUAAAGCGCGUAAUAAAUAAAAUGUCACAUGCAUAGUACCGUA